UAUCCGCUUCCAGCUGAUCCUGCCUCUGUCGGGUUCGCUCUCCCCUCCCCUCCCCUCCCUCUCCGGGAGCGCGCGGAGGGGGCGGGCGGGGAAGCGACUUGAAGCAGAAGAGGAGGGCUGUGCUGGCUCCGCGCGCGCCUCCCGGGACCCAGCGCCCUCCCGGCCACCCCCUCCCUCCUCCCAGACCCUUCCCCUGCCGCGGGCUCCACCAUGAUCAAGGCGAUCCUCAUUUUCAACAACCACGGGAAACCCCGGCUCUCCAAGUUUUACCAGCCCUAUAGUGAAGAUACACAGCAACAAAUCAUCAGGGAAACUUUCCAUUUGGUGUCUAAACGAGAUGAAAACGUCUGCAAUUUCCUGGAAGGAGGAUUGCUAAUAGGCGGAUCUGACAACAAACUGAUUUACAGACAUUAUGCCACAUUGUAUUUUGUCUUCUGUGUGGAUUCUUCAGAAAGUGAACUUGGCAUUUUAGACCUAAUACAAGUAUUCGUGGAAACACUAGACAAGUGUUUCGAAAAUGUCUGUGAACUGGAUUUAAUUUUCCAUGUAGACAAGGUCCACAAUAUUCUGGCAGAAAUGGUGAUGGGGGGAAUGGUUUUGGAGACCAAUAUGAAUGAAAUUGUUACUCAGAUUGAUGCGCAAAAUAAACUGGAGAAAUCUGAGGCUGGCUUAGCAGGAGCUCCAGCCCGUGCAGUAUCCGCUGUAAAGAAUAUGAAUCUUCCUGAGAUCCCAAGAAAUAUUAACAUUGGUGACAUCAGUAUAAAAGUGCCAAACCUGCCCUCUUUUAAAUAAAAAGGCUACUCCCAGGUAAAAUCCAGGAGGGAAAAAGUCAUCUAGGUUUACCAUGCAAUUGUUUACCAAAAAAAGAGGAAGAGAGUCUUAAUUUUUGCUGUUGGAUGAUUUAAGAAAAGGUAUUGUAAAGAAUUGUGUAUAAAAUCAGUAUAUUAAGAUGAA